AUGCUGUUCGCUGCUGCUCGUCUUAUGAGGACGCCACAUGCGCCGCUUGUGCGCGGUUUCGCGACGUCACGGCCGGUCCUCUUCAAGUCCAAGUUCUGGCCCAGUGUCGAUGAGGCCGUCAAGGUCAUCAAGAACGACGACGUUAUUCUCGUCGGUGGUUUCGGUCUCUGCGGAACACCCCAGACGAUCAUCAACGCGAUCGCGCGCCGUGGCGCUGACCAAGUAUCUGGCCUCACUCUGGUGUCGAACAACGCCGGCGUCGAGGAGAAGGGCCUCGGCGCGAUUGUCAAGAUGGGACAAGUCAAGAAAUGCAUUGUGUCGCACAUCGGUGCAACCAAGCUCAUCGAGAACAAGUACCUUGCCGGGGAGAUUGAGGUCGAACUCACGCCUCAAGGCACGAUUGCCGAGCGUGUGCGUGCGGCUGGAGCGGGUAUCCCUGCGUUCUUCACUCCAACGGGCGUCGAGACAUCGAUCGAAAAGGCAACGGUGCCGUACCGCAACGCGUCCAAGUGCGGGACCAUUCCUGCGCUGUACCCCACGCCGCGCAAGACGAUGGAGUUCAACGGGAGGAAGUUCGUCAUGGAGGAGGCACUGCCCGGCGACGUUGCCAUCAUCCACGCCUGGAAGGUCGAUGAGGCUGGCAACACCAUCUUCCGGUACACCGCGACCAACUUUAGCCCUACAAUGGCCAAGGCUGCCAAGUGCACGAUUGUCGAAGCUGAGGAGAUUGUGCCGACCGGUUCGCUUGACCCUAAGCAGGUCCACCUGCCAGGCAUCUACGUCGACCGUAUCGUCCAGGCGACCGAGAUGAAGGAUAUCGAGACCCUCACUCUUAUGCCCUCGCCUGGCGACGACUACGUCCAUCCGCUCGGCAACGGACCGCUGCUCGCCCAGCGCGAGAUGAUUGUCAAGCGCGCAGCUCAGGAGCUCAAGGACGGCUACUACGUCAACUUGGGUAUUGGGAUGCCGACCCUCCUCCCCGCCCACAUGCCCGAGGGACAGGCUGUGUGGUUGCAGUCGGAGAACGGUCUUCUCGGUAUCGGUCCCCCUCCCACCCGCGAGCAGGUUGACCCUGACCUGAUCAACGCCGGCAAGGAGACGAUCACAAUGGCCAACGGCGCGUCGACGUUCUCGUCCGACGAGAGCUUUGCCAUGAUCCGCGGCGGACACAUUGACGUGGCUGUCCUCGGCGCGAUGGAGGUGUCGUCCAAGGGCGAUCUGGCCAACUGGAUCGUUCCCGGCUCGCUCGUCAAGGGCAUGGGCGGUGCGAUGGACCUCGUUUCGUCUCCCGACAACACCAAGAUCAUCAUUGUCACGGACCACUGCACCAAGAAGGGCGAGCCCAAGAUCAAGGCCGAGUGCGACCUGCCACUCACAGGUGCGCGCUGCGUGUCCAUGAUCAUCACCGAGCUCGCCGUGUUCGACAUCGACCGCAAGGCCGGCCGCAUGACACUUCUCGAGCUCAUGCCCGGCGCGACACUCGAGAUGGUCCAGGCCAAGACUGCCGCUCCCUUCGACGUCUCGCCUAACCUCAAGACCGCAAACAUCCCGGCGUAA